CACGCGUUCCUUAUUUUGAAAAUUGCAAAACAAAUGCGAGCGCACGCUUUGAAAGAGUCAGCCAAUCAUAAAAUAGAGAAAAUGCUGCUAAGUUCAAUGGAUGCCGAUAGUGAUCCCUGCGAAGAUUAUUAUCAAUACGCGUGCGGGAAAUGGGGGAUAUUUCAUGCGGUCGAAAAUAAAUAUCACGAAGCCAUCUCUCUUGUGGAUUACUUUACGAACAAGGAGAUAGCCCGCUAUUUCAAGUUUAUGAAUCGUGAAGAUAAGCCAAGUUUCGUAUUAAAGGCUCACGAUUACUUUUUAUCUUGUCGAAAUCUGGAUAUUUAUGAACCGUUGGAGUAUCUGAGACGGCUAAAUUUUUAUGAAAAUUUAAAUUUAAAUUGGUCGUAUCAUAGGCGAAGACUAGAAGUAAAAUUUGAUUGGCUAAGAGCUUUGGCGGUAAUGCGUAAAUACGGUUUAAAUGGCAUUUUUAUGGAGGAGAUCACUUUACAGAGAAACGAUGAUGCUACCGCUACAAUAAUUGAUCUCGAUAAACCGGUAAAAAACGGUGGCUUUCAUCUAACAGAUUACGAUGACUUAAAACUGUUAAUCCAAACUUUGCGAAGGCCAAUGCAUCGUAAAAGCUUUAAAGAACUAUGGGAUCAAAUCAGUGCAUUUGAAUUCCGUUUAAAACGUCUCGAUCUUUUAGACGACCCUGAAGGGAACAUAUUGAUAAAAGUAAAAGAUUUACCAAUGCCUUGGCUAAAGCGUUAUUUAGAAUUAUUAAUCGAUCAAUUGAAUCCUGAAAUGGAAAUAUCGAUACAAAAUAAACCCUAUUUGCAGAAAGUGUUUAAGCUAAUCAAUGAAUAUGAGCCAAGAUUUAUAAGCAAAUAUCUUGAAAUAUGCUUUUUAUGGCAUUUAAAUGUUGAAGGUCCGCCAAAUUUUACAUUGGAAGAUUGCGCCGGCAGCACUCGAACUCUAAUGCCUUAUGCGAUGCAUUGGCUGUUCGAGCAAAUGCAUCCAGAAUUAGUAACGGAAAUGGAAGAAAUUCAUAAAAUGUUCCAACAAUUAAUUAAUCAUUUCUCCGAUUCUUUGAAAAACAAUACCAAUAACUUUGACUAUGAACAAUUGCAAUUUCUAUUAAAUAAAUUAUCAAAUAUACAGCUAAAGAUAGGCAAUCUGCCCCGAGUAAAUACCGAAGAAAAACUGAAUGUCUUUUAUAAAGAUUUAGCGAUGAAUCCUUUUGACUUUUAUGGAAAUCAUUUAAAAUUAUUGAAAUUCAAUACUCAGACAAUGCAUAAGCGUUUAAAUUAUAGAAUACCCAGAGAUGUUGAUGAGUUUUUUUACUUAGAGGGAUCAGAAAUCGGAUUUAGUUCAUCACCGUAUUUUGUGCAAAGAGCCAAUGUGGUCAUAGUACCGGUAACCUCGCUACAAUUGCCCAUUUAUCAUCCCGAGUUGGAUGACAUAUUUAAAUACUCCUCUUUGGGUUUUCUCUUGGCUCACGAAAUUAUACAUGGCUUUGAUUACACUGGCUUGGGAGUGGAUUACAAUGGCAAUUUAAAUAAUCCUCAAUUUGAAGGCUUAGCAAAUAAUACACGUUUCGGUAGGAAAAUGCAUUGUCUACGUUAUCUAAAUCCUACAAUAAUCGAUGAAAAAAUUGCCGACGUCAGCGGUUUACGUUUGGCUUAUGAAACUUAUUUUAAGAUUCAUCCAGAAGCACACGGACAAAUCCGUUAUAUGCAUGGUCGACCAUAUGGCUUAGAGAAAGUAUUUUUCUUAAAUUUUUCACAAUUUUUCUGUGGUCCAGUAUCGAAUACUUUGGUUGAUACGAAAGAGCAUGGCUUAGACCGCGAUCGUGUACGCGAUGCCCUAAAACAUUUGGACGAAUUCUCGACCGUUUAUUUUUGUCCACGAGGGAGCAAAAUGCGUCGUGAGAAAACUUGUCAGUUGUGGCGGAGGUGA